CCAGUUCCAGAUCAAUGGAAAUACGAAAGCGUUCUGACGCAAUGAGGGCGUGGCCUCCGCUAAAGCCAUUCAAAUAAGGCGGAGUGACGGAAGAGCUUUCCGCUGUUUGCGUAACCGUCGGUGGAGAGCGCAGUCUGACAUCGCUGGGAGGAAAAUGUCCUGUUGGUUGAGGGAAGAGACUUUGAAGCUGGCAGAAGAUUAUCUCAGAUUCUGCAGUGGGAACCAACAGACGCCUCCCAGCGAGUCAGCGCAAGCCAUGAGAUACCUGGCCAAAGAGUUGGAGCAGCAACACAGAAACAAAUUCCGGUCGCUCUCCCUGGAAUUCCUGGACACCUGCGGAUCCGAUCCCAGCAAGUGUUUGCAGAGCGUGAUGAGGGAACUGGUAGGAGAUGGCAAACUUAACUGGGGAAGGGUGGUCUCCAUCUUUACUUUCACUGGAGUGCUGGCCAAUGAGCUUUUGUCCAGAGGAGAGAACUCGGGGUGCUCCUUGAGACUGGCCGAAACCAUAGCUGACUACCUGGGAGUGGAAAAACAGGACUGGUUGCUGGAAAAUGGAGGCUGGGAGGGUUUCUGCAGGUUUUUUCACAGCGCCAGACAGCUAAACCAAGAGUCCUCAAUGAAGACAGCACUGUUCGCCGCAGCAGGAGUUGGUUUAGCCGGUUUAACGUUUCUUUUAGUCCGCUAAACACUUUAGGUUUUCUUUAUCACACAUAAGCAUCUGACCUUUGUUU